AUGUUUGAGUCGAUUGCGAACGAGUUUCUUCAACGUACGCCAGUUAAAGAUUGGUCUAUUAUUUCUUUACUUAAAUAUAUCGAAUCUAAAAGUGAAUUAUCCGCUGAUAUGAUCGAGAUUCUGAGGGAAGAAAUAUAUUCAGUGUUACGGGGUUUUAGUGACGAUAUAAACAUAAACGUUCAUGGGAACGCGAAAAAAAGAGCGAAGAAACUCUUAUCAAACUUUGAUAAGUUGUUCUCUUCAGGUGACGUAAAUAAUUUUAUUGAGGAACUAAAACUAAAAGAGGAAAGAAGGGAAUACUAUAUGGCAUUCCGUCGCAAAAUAACAUCGGCAAACUCGUUACAAACAUUAGAAGAACAUCAUAUGACUAGAAGAUUAAUCGAUGAUUUGCGCGACGCAGAUGCGACUGCCUCCUCCGCUUUGAAGCGAAAGUCUUUUUAUCCACUCGAUGAUAGAGCAAAGAAAGUUACAGUUGUAGACAAUCCUUUUUUAUUAUCAAACGAAAAUAAAUCCGAUAAAUUUGAAAUAUUAACAGAAUCGAGAAAUUUAGAUGAGGAACACAACGAAAAAAGUGUAGUUACUCCACGAGAUGACAAUCUUUUUUUAUUAUCAAACGAAAAUAUAUCCGAUAAAUUUGAAAUAAUAACAGAAUCGGGAUAUUUAGAUGAGGAACACAACGAAAAAAGUGUAGUUACUCCACGAGAUGACAAUCCUUUUUUAUUAUCAAACGAAAAUAUAUCCGAUAAAUUUGAAAUAGUAACAGAAUCGGGAAAUUUAGAUAAG